AUGAACGAAAGGACUCAUCGCUUGCUUCUAUAUGUAAUUUCUAACGAUGAUGACAACUGGGAAACUCCAAACGCCCUUUUGAUUCCACUCAAGAGUCCUGAUUCUUCGGUUACGCUGGGUGACUUGCGUAAAAUAUUCCCAAUACCCGGAACAUAUCACUAUAGAAUAAAGUCCAAACAUGGAAAUGGAUUUGUUUGGUUGGAUGUGACCCGGGAUGAUGAGAUCUUGCGACAUGUAGAUAAUGUUAUAUAUAUGAAGAUUUUGAGAGUAAAAGUUGAAUCUGACUGCAAAUUUGUACCAAAUACUGAACAAUAUGACUUAUUUCCAAAGGAACCGAAUAGUAAAGAUUCUGAUUUCGAUUUAAUUUUUAGCUGA